AUGACCAUCGCACUUGUAACCGGAGGAAACAGGGGCAUCGGCUACGGCAUCGUCCGCCGCCUGGCCAACGAGUACCCGUCGUCGGCCGUCGGCGCAUCGGGCUCGCCCCUCACCAUCCUCCUCGGCUCCCGCACCCUCGACAACGGCCAAAAGGCGCGCGACUCGAUCCUCUCGGAGCUGGCCUCGUCCGCCGCAAAGGUCACCAUCACCCCGCUCCAGCUCGACAUCAGCGACCCGGAAUCGAUCAAGCGCGCCAGUGCCGAGAUCCAGUCGCGCUACGCCGACCAGGGCGGCAUCGACGUCCUCAUCAACAACGCCGGCAUCGCCCUCGACGGCUUCGACGCCGACGUCAUCCGCAACACGAUGGCCACAAACUACCACGCCACAAAGCACGUCAUCAAGUCGAUCCCCGUCCGCGACGGCGGCAGGAUCGUCAACGUCGCCUCCAUGGCCGGCAUCCUGCGCGGCUACGGCCCCGAAGUCACCCAGCGCUUCCUCGACGCCAAGACCGAGGCCGACGUCGACGCCAUCGUCGCAGACUACGAGGCCGACGUCCGCAACGGCCACUGCCAGGACAAGGGCUGGAAGUCGGCCGCCUACUCGACCAGCAAGUGCGCCCUCAUCGCCUACACCCGCAUCCUCGACGCAGACUACAAAAAGGCAGGCAAGAACGUCGCCGUCAAUGCCUGCUGCCCCGGCUACGUCAACACCGACAUGACCAAGGGCAGGGGCGUCAAGUCGAUCGACGAGGGCGCCGCCACGCCCGUCCACCUGGCGCUCCAGGACCUCAAGGGCGUCACGGGCGAGUUCUGGGAAAACAGCAGCGUGUCCAAGUGGCACCAGCAGUGA